UCAAUUUUACUCUCAAACUAUCAUCUUGAGAUACAACAAUCAAUUGUACCAUCUUAGCAGAUAGAUUGUCAUUCAAAUGUGAUUCCCAAAUAAAUUAUCAAUUAAAUAAAUUCUAACGUUUAUUACAGUGAAAUCAACUUCAAUCUUGAUCUUCAAACUAAAAUAAUGGUCAAGAAUAAACCUCGAGAUAUCUUAGAUCUUGAAAAUGAAUUGCAACAAAUCAUGACUGAUUUGAGGGCAAAACAAAAAACUGUUCAAGAUAAAAAAUUGGAGGAAAUUUGUGGCGAUAUGCCGCCAGUAGUUUCGGUUAAACUUGGUCUUCGUCGAGCUCUUAAAGGUCAUUUACAAAAAGUAAAUGCUGUCCAUUAUGCUGGAGAUAGUCGGCAUCUCGUCUCGGCGGCACUUGAAAGUAAGCUCAUAAUUUGGGACACCAUCACAGGGAACAAGGUGAAAAUUAUUUCUCUUCGAUCAAGUUGGACCAUGACUUGUGCCUACUCAUCGACAGGUAAUAUGGUUGCCUGUGGUGGUAUGGAUAAUAUGUGUUCACUUUAUGAUCUCAAUAAGCGCGAUUGUGACAAUGUUGGAGCCAAAUUGGUUCGAGAGUUGGCUGGUUUCGAUGGCUUUCUUUCUUGCUGUCGAUUCCUUGAUGAUACAAAAAUAAUAACAGGAUCGGCCGACAAAAAAGUUGUCCUUUGGGAUGUCGAGUCUGGAGCCAAAGUUAAAGAGUUCAGAGGUCACACUGGAGAUGUCAUUUCUUGUGCGAUUUCGUAUGAUUCGUCAAACUUGGUUACCGGGUCUGUGGAUAAAACAGCUAAGCUUUGGGACUUGAGGACCGAUAAGUCAGUGCAAACUUUUUUUGGCCAUGAAGCUGAUGUUACAUCGGUCAAUUUUCAUCGAAGCAAUAAUGUAUUCAGCACUGGAUCAGAGGAUAAAACUUGCAGGCUUUUUGAUAUUCGCAGUGAUCAGGAGAUAUCAGCUUAUCGUUCUCCCAAUUCUCGAAGUGGCUUCACUUCUUGUGUUUUAUCUUUAUCAGGACGAAUUAUGUUGGCAGGAUCAGAUGAUACAUCGAUUCACAUGUGGGAUAUCCUUAAAUCAAAAUAUGCAGGAAAUCUAACAGGUCAUGAAUCUAGAGUAUCAACAAUAUCUUUGACCCCAGAUGGAAUGGCAUUGGCUUCUGGUUCAUGGGACACAUCCAUAAAAGUCUGGGUUUGAAGAUGACUU